GGGGCGCCACCUGGCGGGCGCGGAUUGUGGCUGCAGCGCCAGCGGCGGAGCCCCCCGCCCAGCUCCCGGGGUUGGCCCGCGGGGCUCGGGCGGAUCCCCUCCCCCUUAAAGGGCCCCGCGGCCCCCGCCUCGGAGGCCGAGCUGGAGGGGCCCCGAAGGACCUGGCCUGGCGCCGCGGGGCGCGCGCUCUAGGCUGUUGGGACUUGCGUCCCCCGUCCCUUUCUCUUUCAGACUCCCAGGUGGUCUCCCUUAACCAGCUGUCUCUUAAAAAGUCUGCCCAGACCGUGGGUCCCUUUCCGGGGCUUCCCUCCAGAGGAACUGAGCUGGGGACUCCGCUGCUUUAAGUUGGGCUGUCUUCUCUGGGGCCUCCCUAGAGAAGGGCACCCUUUUUCUUUUUCCCCUAUAUUCUCCCUGGAAGAGAGCAUGGCUUGCGCCUCUUGGGGACCUAUCAGUACCUUCCCCACGGGCGGGCAGUUUUUAAAGAGAUGGGCUCGCCCACAAUGUCAUUCACUCCCCUUCUAUCCGCGCGUUACCCCUCCCAUCUUUUCAGAAAUUUUGCCACAAUUUGUCAGCUAUAGCGAGACCAGCCAGUCCUCCCCGUUUGCUCUCAAAGGAGGCUGUUUCUCUAUGCGGGGUCAACGGCUUAAGAGCCCUGAAGCUUGCGUCCAGGCUCUGGAGCUUCACCCCUAAUCCCGGAGCUCCCCUCCCAGAAAUUCCCCAUCCCCUUUUGUUUUUAAAGACUCCCAGCUCCUCCCCUUUUUUCGGCUCUUAAAGGGCCAGUCCACCUUAGACUAACAGAUCCGGCGCUGGAAGGAUGCUGAGACCAGCUAGCUAUCCAGUGCCUUUGCAGACAAAGACACUCAGGCCCAGAGAGCGGACAUCACCUACCAAAGGUCACAGAGCAAGUUACCAGUGAAGCCCGGAGUCAAACCCAGGGCAAGAUCUUCAGCUGGAAGGGGGUGCCUUAGGGUCCUGGGGGAAUGCCCCCCUGCCCUCCUCCAGGGCCAGGGGACCAGCAUCUUCAGGCAGGAAAUACUCAGACCACUGUGAGGCCCGGGCCUCGAGGCCUGGAAAAAGCCGCAUUCCUGGCCGUGACCAUCGUCGCUACUACCAUGACCACUGGCGGCUGGAGUACCUGAUGGACUUCAACCCUGCCCGGCACGGCAUGGUGUGCAUGGUGUGCGGCAGCUCCCUGGCCACUCUCAAGCUCAGCACCAUCAAGCGACACAUCCGUCAAAAGCACCCUUACUCCCUGCACUGGAGUCCCCGGGAGAAGGAAGUCAUCAGCAACAGCUGGGAUGCCCACUUGGGGCUGGGGGCCUGCGGAGAGGCCGAGGGGCUGGGGGCCCAGGGGCCUGAGGAGGAGGAGGACGACGAGGAGGAGGAGGAGGAGGAAGGGGCUGGCCUCCAGGCUAGCCUGCCCAAGGGCCCAGGCAAAGCCCCAGCUGGUGGGGGCAGCCGGCGCCAGAGGCGAGGGGGCCCAGGGGCACCCCGGGCUCGGCGUGGGUGCCUCUCUGCCUCCCGGAGGGCUGGGGGCAGCAGGGGGCUGGGUGCCCGGCGGCUGGAGCGGAGGCUGAAGGAGUCCCUGCAGAACUGGUUCCGGGCAGAGUGUCUCAUGGAUUAUGACCCGCGGGGGAACCGGCUGGUGUGCAUGGCCUGUGGCCGGGCACUGCCCAGCUUGCAGCUGGACGACAUCCGUGCCCACGUGCUGGAGGUGCACCCCAGCUGCCUGGGGCUCCGUGGCCCCCAGCGCAGGGCCCCCCAGCGUAGUGCCCUGCUGCAGGCUUCGGGUGGCCAGCCGGAGGCGCUGUCUGAGCUCACCCAGUCCUCACCAGACGAUGACCUCGUCCCCCAGGACCUGACCAGCAAGAGCCGGGACCCGGCCCCCGCUGCUGGAGCCCAGUCCUCUCAGGAUCUCAGCCUCCCAGACGUAAAGGAAGAGGCUGGCUGGGUCCCUGAGAGGGUGCCCGGGCCGGCAGGGGAGGAGGAGCCGGAGGAGGGCGAGAGGGUGGGGGUCCCCGGCCGGUCUGCGCGGGGCCGCGACCCCCGCCGCUACUGCCCGGAGCGCUGGCGGCUGGAGUACCUCCUGGAGUUGGACGGCGGCCGGCGCGGCUUGGUGUGCCUGGCAUGCGGGGGCGCGCUGGCCUCGCUCAAGAUGAGCACCAUCAAGCGGCACAUCCGCCGGCGCCACCCGGGCUCGGCGCGCCUCGGCGGGCCAGUCGGGGCCCUCAUCGCCCAGGAGUGGAGCGAGAAGGCCGCCCACCUGCUGGCCAUGGGGCUGCCCUGCCCCGAAUCGCCCGGGGACCCCGCCGCACCCAGCACAGCCGCAGCCUCCGAGGAGGGGGGAGGGGCAGAGAAGGAGCAGCCAGAGGAGGAGGAGUGGUGGGGCGACGUCUCGCUCUCCCCCGGGGAACCGUCGGAGCGGCAGGCGGAAGAAGAAGAGGACGACGAGGACGGCCCGGAUCCCGGGGCGCUCGCCUUCCCUCCGCCGCCGCCGCCGCCCCCACCUCCCCCGCCCCGCAGCCGAGAGCAGCGGCGGAACUACCAGCCGCGCUGGCGGGGCGAGUACCUGAUGGACUACGACGGCAGCCGGCGCGGUCUGGUGUGCAUGGUGUGCGGGGGCGCGCUGGCCACGCUCAAGGUCAGCACCAUCAAGCGGCACAUUCUGCAGGUGCACCCCUUCUCCAUGGACUUCACGCCCGAGGAGCGCCAGACCAUCCUGGAGGCCUACGAGGAGGCGGCGCUGCGCUGCUACGGUCACGAGGGCUUCGGGCCGCCCGCCCCGGCGGCGCCGCGCGACGGCGGCGCGGACCUCAAGGCGGGCGCCGUGUGUCGGGCGUAGAUCACUCGAGGGGGAGGGCGGCGGUGCCAAGCCGGCUCCCCCGGUUCCCCGCGGCCCUGGCCGCUGCCCACCCCCGCUGGCCGGGCAGGGUGGAGACUCGGGACUGGGGUGGGGUGGGGGGUUCAAGCUAGUGCGGGCGCCGCGGGAAGCGCGCUCUCCACCUCGGACCCGGAGCCCGGGCCCUCGCCGCUCAAGGCGGCUAGUUCCUGGGAAGCCUCAGUCUGUGCACGGAGAGUUUUCGGCCCCCGGUCACACCCCGCCAGGCCAGGCUUGGGCGGGCGGGGCGCCGUCAGUAUUAGGGUCCCAAGUAGGUGGAGCGGAGGGGGUGUAGAAGGGACGCGCCGGUCCCUUUUCCUUGGCUUGGUUGGGCGCCCAGGUUUCACAGAGGCACGCCGGCAGGCACGGCUCUCGGGGGUCGGGGCCGGCUGCCCCCCAGCCGUUCGUUACUGGCCGUCGCGGCCGCUCGGUGGCCUGGACUGCGGACGAGGGCCUUCCUCGGGUGGAGGGGCAGUGGGGCCUGGGAGCCUGCCGGCCCGCGGGCGGGAGGGCGGGGCCAACCCCCAGCUCCGCCCAUAGGGCGGGCCCUGCGGGGCCGCCCCGCCCUCCUUCCCGGCCCCUGCCACGCCCGCCGGCGCCGCGAACUUGUAAAGGGAUUAGCACUUUCUUCCUUUGCUCGCCUGCUCCGAAGGUCUCCCUGUACCCCUAAGCUCAGUCAGGCGCGCCUGCUUCAAGCGCCCUCAGUCCGAGUCCGGGACACUGGAGGUCCCGGCAGUUGGCGUUCUGUUCCCGUCCCCUCCCUCCCCCCCCCUUUUGUACGCCGUGGACGUGCCACCCAUUCGUAGCCCUCUGGGCCUGGGGCCCGGCCUCGGCCUUCCUUUCUCUCCUCUCCGCGGCAGAGCCAGGCCGCAAGGGGCCGGGAACGGGCCCCGCGAUCUCCCAGGCAGGUCCGAGAGGGAUGUGUACAUUCAUUCUCCUGUGGAGAAUAGGUGGCCCCGGGAUCAGGCCCUUUUUGCUCUUUGUAUUUUAUUUUGAAACUGUAUUUAAUGCUUUUAUAUGAGAGGGGGAGGGGCGGGAAGAGAGCUGUCCGUCACCCUUAUGUGCAAAUGUCUUAUUUAUUAUGCGUGUAUCAGAGAUAAGCUGUGAGGUGGUGGAGGAAGGACCUAAAGGUAGGAGAGAGGAGGCGCGGACAGGAGGACCCUAAACAUCAUAGACUAAUGUGUGCCUCACCAGGUUCCUCCGAGGAGUCUCUAGUAACCCACUGGCGCUCUUCACAUAGCCAGGCCGGUUCCUUUGGUCUUAAAGGCUUGAGUGGGGAGAUCAGCGGGUGGGGACUUCAGGGCUGGGUCUGGAGGGGUAGCGGCCCUGGCAGCCGCCUCUGUGGCUGGGAAAGCAGAGAGCAGAGAGGAAAGCCUUCCUUAUCUCAGUGCUCCCAGGCCAGAGCCCACGGUUCAAGUGCCUCAGGCCCGGUCCCCUUGACUUCUGAUUGGGAAUUGAAUUUUAUACCACGGAUUUUGUAGCAUUUUUUAUAUAACUCAAGAUUGUCUGAGCUGGAAAGACCUUGGAGAUCAACCAGUACCUGCCCCCACCCCUUUCACAGAUAGGUAAGAUGGAGUCCAGGAACUGAAAUUAUCACACACCAGGUAGGAGCAGUACUAGGACUAGAAUAAAAACCUCAACUCCCAGUUCAGUGUUCUUUGCACUACACCACAUGGCCUCCCCAUCUCUGGUAAGUUAAAAUUUUUUACGGUUAGGCCUGCCGAAGGAUGGAGUGUGCAGCUGGGCUCUGCAGGCCCUCCCAGUGCAGUUGUGGGCUCCUGGGAGUGACAAAGAGCAGCACACUCCUGGAACAAGUAUUCAGCAAGGCAGUCCUGCCACUAUUGGCUUCGGCUGGAGGGUGCCAGCAGCAGCUUUCCUGACCAGAACUGCACAAGUAGGGCUGACUGCCACCUGGCCCAAGGCCUCCCUGCUGGGCAAAGGCUCUGGCAUUGUUUUGUUGAUGCCACCAGGGGUUCAGGAAAUACUGCAUGGGCUGUCACUCGUCUAAAAAGUGAAUUCCUAGCGUUUGAACCUCCAGGUUUUUUUGAGACAGUAUUAAAAGAGCAGGGAUUAUGGAUGGCCCCAGGUUGGGUACUGCCAUUCUUUUAUUUUCCUUCAUGCAUGUUGUUUUCAGAUCCAGGAGUGCUCUGCCACUUUCGCUACUCUGCCUAUUCAAAAACAGGCAGACUGGGGCAACUAUCCUAGUCAUCCACACCCUCUGCCGAAGUUCAGGUAAGCCAGGGCAGAGAGCAGGGUGAGAAUGGUUUUUGCUCUCGAUAGGCAGGGAGAGGCCUUAGGAGGGCAGCAGUGGGUCUCUUCAUUAAGAAGCAGCCCCAAGCACUCCACUGGUUCUCAAAAGUGUAGCCAACAGAAAUUAGUAGAAAUGCAAAUUCUUGGGCGGCACCUUAUGGAUCAGAAACUGGCGUGGAGCCUAGCAAUCUGUUUUGAUAAGCCCUCCAGUGAUCACAAGGCACGCUGAAGUUCUGAGCACCAGUGAACUGCGUAGUGGUACUGGAGUUAUUACUACUUUGCAGCUAUUUUAGCCUCUUGAAUUAACAGGAGAUUAGGUGGUUCUCAUCUCUAGGUGCCUCCUCCUUGCCUUGGGAGUCUGAUAUGAACAGGUGAAGUUUCUUCAUGAAUUUUUUUUGUUAAUGGUAUGCUUGCUAUUAUGGCCAAUAUGUAAAUGUUACUCUGAAUACAUAUUUAUAUACCAUGUUAGUGACAUUAUUUGAACAUUUGUAUGCGUAUUUGUGAAGUUGUUUGCAUCAGUUACUUUUUUAAAAUUUCAGCCUAAGUUUUCUAAGAGGUAUGUUGAAUUAAAAAAAGCAGCUUAAGGGUCAUUGGCAGCCUUAGUUUUGGGAAAGAGCAAAGACCUGAUGGAAAAGUUUCCAUUUUCCAUGGUGACUGAGUCUCAUUUUAAGUACAUUGUGACUGUGGGAGUUACAGGCUGCUUCAUUCAUGUUGCAGGUGGGGGAACCCUCCUAGGUUGGUGUGAACUGGACAACAGACCCCCCUGGCCCUUUCCACUCACCAUCUUUCUCCUGCGGUCCCCUCUUAAGAGGGUCUCUUAUUUUCUUUCAGAAACCAAAUGCACAGCUUUGUUCUACUAUGGAAAUUCUGCAAUCUUGGAAAUCACUACUAGUAUCAACUAUUAAUCACUUUUUAAAGCCUGGAAGGUGGAGUGGGGAUGGGGGCCAGUGGAAGGCUUGUUUGGUUCUUACUUUACCCAAACUGUGUAUAAAGAAUAAAGUUAGCAGAAUGACA